AUAAUAGAAAGAAAAUAAUAUCUCCCACCAAUUUCAUUUGCUUUCCUUUGGACUGUCAGACUCGCUCUUCGUCUCUUUCUGCACCAAAUACUUUUCUUCUUCAUCUCUCUCCCGUUGCUUUUAGAAGAAUCCCGCCCCGAGAUCAGAAGGUAAUACUCACUGGUUGAGGAACUUGAUCACCAUGACGAAGGAGAUAUAUAAUCUAGUCAGAUUAAGGAGCAGUUUCCUCUACAUAUCGACACUUCUUUUGCUGCGAGUUCACUCACACUCUGAGUAUCUGAUUGGACUUGGAAGCUACGACAUCACCGGCCCUGCCGCUGAUGUUAACAUGAUGGGUUACGCUGACAUGGAGCAAGUCGCAUCUGGUAUUCACUUCAGGCUCCGCGCUCGGACGUUCAUCGUAUCCGACCCACAAGGGAAGCGUGUUGUGUUCGUUAACAUCGACGCUUGCAUGGCUUCCCAAAUUGUUACACUUAAAGUGAUCGAGAGGCUCAAGGCAAGAUAUGGGGACUUAUAUACAGAAAAGAAUGUUGCCAUCAGUGGCAUUCACACUCAUGCUGGUCCUGGUGGAUAUCUUCAGUAUGUUGUGUACAUCGUUACAUCGCUUGGGUUUGUUCGUCAGUCAUUUGAUGCCCUCGUUGAUGGAAUUGAGAAUAGUAUCAUACUAGCUCAUGAGAACCUCCGUCCUGGAUCAAUCUUUCUCAAUAGUGGUGAACUCUUGGAUGCUGGGGUAAACAGGAGUCCAAGUGCAUAUCUGAACAAUCCUUCUAAAGAAAGGAGUAAACACAAGUAUGAUACCGACAAAGAAAUGACUCUCUUGAAGUUUGUGGAUGAUCAGUGGGGUCCAGUAGGUAGUUUCAACUGGUUUGCUACUCAUGGAACUUCCAUGAGCCGUACAAACUCUUUGAUCAGUGGGGACAACAAGGGAGCCGCGGCAAGGCUUAUGGAGGAUUGGUUUGAACAACACAACACUGCUGAAAGGGAAGAGCUUGAGAUACCUAGAAGAGUUUCAAGCAUAAUCGGGAAUCAUCAGGACAUCCAUGAGGAGGAGCUGAUGCUAGAGCUUGCAUCUUACUUUGAGUCACAACUUGGUAGGCCUGCUACUAGAGUUUCGAGUUCGGCCAGGCGGGUGAGGAGUGCUAUGAGGAAGGCGGAUAAGCCUGGCUUUGUUUCUGCUUUCUGUCAAACAAACUGUGGUGAUGUUAGCCCAAAUGUGCUUGGAGCCUUUUGCCUUGACACUGGUCUUCCUUGUGAUUUCAAUCACAGUACUUGUGGUGGGAGAAAUGAGCUGUGCUAUGGGCGUGGACCAGGGUAUACAAAAAUUUAG